AUGAUUGAGAUAACUUCUGCUGGGCUACGAAAAAACGGUAUGAUAGACAUUGACCUCAACAAAGAGAUUUUCAUGGUUUGGCUUGAAAUCGACUCAAAUGGAACUUUGCUUGGACGGAUCGAAAUUGGCUUAUUUGGAAAAAUUGUGCCAAAGACGGUGAAAAACUUCGUCGAGUUAUCAAAAAGACCAAAAGGUGAAGGAUAUAUCGGCUCGCCGUUCCAUCGUAUAGCUCGAGACUUCGUAAUACAAGGCGGAGAUUUUACUGAAGGCAAUGGAUUUGGUGGAAAAUCUAUAUACGGAGAUAAGUUCCCCGAUGAGAACUUCGAGCUCAAGCAUUAUGGACCGGGUUGGGUUUCAAUGGCAAACAGUGGAAAGGACACGAAUGGCAGCCAGUUCUUCAUCACUCUUGCGAAAGCUGAUUUUCUAGAUGGGAAGCAUGUAGUCUUCGGAAAG